AGGCCAUCCCACACAGCAGCUCUGGGGCUGCUUUUGAACCCCCUACCCAGAUAAUGUGGGGCUUCAGCCCAUCAGGACAGGACUUCUUCCUGAAAUCCUCCUUCCCCUCAUUGCCCCAGCCAUCUCAAGGCAGCAGCUCACCCCACCGUGGAACCUCUGGUUGGCGGUCCCAUCUCCACUUGUAAGAGAUCGAACAGGUGGAGGUGUUGGAACUCUCGGGCAGGUGUGGACAGGCCUUAUUUUCCACUUUUAGCAGCCCUUUUCAGCAGGUAAAGGAUGAUGGAGAGCAGCACCAUUCCCAGAGGGAGCCCCUUGGCCAGCACAUGUGUGAGGGAUGGCGCCCCAGUCAGCUGAGGUGUGUGAGCUGGCCCAGACCUCUGUCCUGCAGAGCUGCUCACCUGCCACUGCAUUUGCACUGGAUUUCCUGCAGCGUGCACCGGCUCUCAGUUUCUGUGGAUCACACCUGGACAAUCCCAGCUUGCUGUGGAGGAGAUCACUUCAGUCACUACUGGGUGAUUGCCAUCAACCUGUUUGGUAAACCUCCUGUUGAAAGAUAAGAUAAACAGAAAUAUGGAGUUAGACACAAGGAGUGUGACCUCAGAACCAGCCUCUCCAAUGAACAGCCCAGAGAAGGGAAAGAUGGAAGUCUCUUCUGAACUGAGCAGCCCAGAUUCGCAGAGCAGGGACAGUGGGUUCUUUGAAAGAGGUAUUAAAACAGUGUUUAGCAUCCGGAAAUCAAUACGAAGUCUGAAAAAAGAGAGAGAGAAGGAAGAUACUGGCACUUGGAAUGCGAAAAGACUUCUGCGAACACUCCGGAGCUACGAGGAGAACAAACCCACAAUCUGCAAUUGUGUGGAGAAGAUUGUUGAAAUAUGUGAGUCCAUUGAAGCAAAACCUCUUUCAGUAAUGGAAAUCAAUGAACUUAUUCAGAAAAGACAACUUUUGGAAGCAUUUGCAAGUAUCAAGUUAAUGGAAGAUGAGACUAUCUCUGGAUGGGAUUCUGAGAAAUACAGUGAUAACCCCCAGGAGUUUGUACGGAAAUCCAAGGAUGUGGAUUUGCUUUAUAACUCCAUCACAAAUGCAAUCCAGUCUAUAGUGGAGGAAACACUGGAGGAUCCCACUUUACAGCCUACCAUGCUGACCUCCAUGGUGACUUUAAUUGCCCGUGAAGAAGCAGCUCAUCCCAACACAGACAAUGCUGCUCGUCCUGGCUCAGACUUGCUCGGCAGGCCCAGAAAGUGGAGGGAGAAAUGGAGGGAAGCUAUCAACGAGAGCGCAAGAAAAAGAGUCCUGAAGGCACCCAUGGCAUCGAGGCAAGAAGGAACUUCUUGGCUCGAUCUCCACUUACACUUCCUCCAGGAACACCUGAAGGAAGAUUUACUGAAAAUCAAGUCAUCAGUAAAAAAAUGCUAUCCAGAGGAGUACCAGGUGUGUGACACAUACGUGGAAGCUUUUCACAAUGCCAUUGCCUCGCAUUUGCAAGAGCUCUCCCAGGGACCACUGGACUUCCAGGAACUCUACACCUUGCUUGACUGGGUGGCCAACACCUACCACAGUGAACUCUUUCUGGGUCAUCCUGAGCUCAAACCAGAGGUUAAGACAGAAAACCUGUCCUUGCUAUUAACACCAGCUGAUUGGGAUAAACUGAAAAACGACUACAUUGCUUCUGCAAAGGGGAAAAUCAAAAGUUAUUUUGGAAACAUCCUGAGACUAGAGGUCACAGAGAAGUGGGAGAAGGAAGUGCAUUCAGAAGAGAAGGAAAACCUCUACCACGAUUCACUCUCCUUUGAUAUUCAAACGAUCAUUGGGCAGCACGUGAAGUUAUCUGGAGCUAUCAGCAGAAGCUUGGAAACAAAAAUGCUUGAGUUGUGCAUGGCAGAGCUGCUUGAAUUCAUACCAAGGUUUGAGCAGGAGUUCAUGGCGUGGAGCACUGCCCAGGACAGCCCCAUCUUUGUGCCCCAUCUUGUUGCCUACAUCAACAGCUUCCAUGACCUGGUGUCAGGGUUAGAAACAGCUUUUAAAGUCAAUACUGAAGAAUUGCAGAAGAUUUUGGCAGCUCUGACAAGGAACUUCACAAACAUUUUUUUAACAAAAUUAAGAACAAAAGCACAGCCACUCCUAAAGAAAAUCCUGACCAAGAACUGGAUUUUGGCGACGGAAAGGCCGGACUCGCUGGCAUUGGCAGUCUCGCAGUUCUCUGAGCACCUGCAGCACAUGAGGGAGCCCCUGGGGCAGGAGCUUCUACAUGAAGUUCAUAAAUAUGUGGUGAAGGAAUAUGUCGCACAAGUCAUCAAACCCAGAUGGAAAAUGAACAGGGAGACGCGUCAGCAAGCGAGCAGAAAGAUGAGCCUGGAAGCUGCAAUCAUUCACAAUACACUCAUUGAUCAGGGCUCUGACGCUGACUGGCUCCUCCCUGCCAUCAAUCACAUUGCCAAUAUCAUUGGGGAGAAGAAAAAAGACAAGAUCAAGGCAUAUGUCAAGGAGCUGUGCCAGGACUAUCCAGAUAUCAGGAAGGAGCACGUGCUGGCCAUCCUGGCGCUCCGGGGGCUGGGGCGCGCCAGGAGAGCGGCGAUCUUUCGGCAAGCGCGCCCCGCGCAGGGGAGCCCCGCCGGAGGGGAGGGCAGCACGCUCUUCGCUGAAAUUGAGGUUCCAGUGAUCGUCAGCUGCUUCUAACGCAGCACCAAAGUCAGCAUCCUGCACUGCCUCUACACAUGAUCCAAAAUCUGCUAACCCCCCUACUCCUCUGCAAACCCAAAUUUUUUGACUGCUGUGGAGAAAGGAGUAGUUUUCUGAACUUGAUACCCCAAGUUCAGAACCCAAAGACAACAGAUGCACCAAGACACCAAUCUCCUGUAAGAGCUCCUGGACAGUAGCUCCAGCCUGGGCACAGUGUCCACCUCAUGUUCCGUAUGGAUUCUACUGCUAGGAGGCUGCUCCACUGUUUGGUACAAGAUUUAAUGUAUUUUCAAAGAACAGGAGAAAACCAAAAGCAGUUCACUCAGAGCUAUAUUAAGGCCUCAGUGCUAUAUUAAGGCUUGGACUGUGCUCUGCAUAAUUAUACAGCAGCAGAACAAGAGCCUCCCUCAUAAUAAGUACCCAUGUUCAACUGAGGGGCAGAGCUUGGGUAGGGAUGUGGUAGCACCCAAGUUUUAUUUCCUCCCCCACAAACCAGCUGGCUGACAUGGCAUGACACAAGGUCAUGACGUUGUGACCUGAGGCCACAAACCACUACCUGCCUGGAGAGGAAAACACUGGGUAACCAAACCCCAUGGCCAGCACACACAGCACAUGGAACACUCUUCCCUCCAGGAUGACCUCCAUGGCCCCUCUGGCAUUUCAGCAGAUUUUCCUCAGUCGAGGGCUGCAUUGCAAAACUCCUGUUGGACUGAAGAUCUGCUCAAGCCAUCACAUCCCCACAUGUACAGACAUGCCUGGAUUGGAUAUGCCAUGUGGAGGGAGGCUCCAAGUUCUCCUUGUCCUGAGGAAAGUGCCACCCAAGAAAAUGCCUCUAGUCCAUUUUCUUGUGUGUUUAAAUGCACUUUAACAAAUCUAUUACAAUCUGACUGCAGUAUGAAACCAAAUGUGAGGUGGACAGACAGUGCUACAUAUGAGAUCUUCAUCUGGGGUAAACCAGCUUCAUCCCAAUGAUGGGCAUGGAUCACCAUAGGUUUAACUCCACAAAGAAUCCAAAGCAUUACAUCCUGCAGCUGCAGGGGAGACUGAAAGAGACAUUCAGCAGCCUACAUUCAGCUGAAUAA